UCGCCGCCGCCCUCCAGAUCCCUUCGCCUCCGCCCGGCGCCGCCAGCCCCCGACCUCCUCCCCGGCUCCCGGCGCCGCCCGCCCCCCACAUCUCACCUCCCAGGUAAAAAAACCCGCCGCCCCUCCUCUCGAUCCACCCCCUCCCGCUGCGACCUCUCUCUUCCCUCGUCUCCCGCUCCACCGCCGCCGCCCCAUCUCCCGCUCCGCCGUCGCCCUGCCUGAUGGCACAAGGGAAACCCUAGAUCACGCGCUCCGCCACCCUAUCUCCCUGCCCUUCGUCUCGCCGUCGCCGGAGGAGCGGCCGGCGAAGCCCGCGUCACCUCCAAGGAAGGCGAUGGUGGGGCCCUUCGUCCGUUUUCGUAGGCCAUGGCUGCCUGAGCGGCCCGGAGGAUGGACUGCGCGGUGUCUGCGCGUAGAGGUGCGGCGUAUCCCGUGCAGGCGAGCUCGUCGCAGCGUGCGGGAGGGCGUGGCGCCGUGGCUGUGUGGUGGAGGGCGCCGUGGAGCAGGGCGUCGAUCUGGAGGGCGUGGGCCGGAGCGCCCGUGCUCCGGGCCGCAAGGAGGCUCACGGGCACGUCGCCGACGUGCGGCGCAGGGCGCCAGAGUAUGCGGCCUCGGCCGUUGGUCUAGCGGCGGGCCAGCCAGAUCUGGCUGUCUGUGGAGGCGGGUGUCCCUGCUGAUGGCGCUGCUGGCCUCCAGAGGGCGGGCGUUCUUGGACGUGCUCCUUGGCGCGGCUGUGCGGGGCGUGCGGCUGGUGCGACUGUACGUGAGGGCUGGCGCGGAUCUGGGCAUGGCAGCGCGAAGUGGCCGUUUCUCUAGCUCGAUCUGCUGCUACGGUGUCCAGGCGGCCGGAAGGAGAUGGUCGGUGGUUGGAGGGGCUGUAGGCGCGCUGGUCUUACACGGUGAGAGUUGGCGAGGUGGGCUACAGGGUCCACUGGUUGGAUGGUUAAGGUUGCCGGCGAAAGCUGAACUCCGGCAGUGGCCGGAGUUGUCGAUGGCGGCACCGGCAGGCCGUUUCCUUGCUGAAGCUUGCUUGCUUUGUACUGUAUUGCGCAGCAGCCAGACAUGCCCAUCCGGCCGGAAAGGAAUCGGCAAGCUGCAGAUUGAUCAAGCUAAGGUGCUCGAAGUAAUGAGUUUGCUGCUGCUUCAAGGUUGGAAGAAACAUUCAACUUCUACCAUACUACCAGUCCUGAUGUAGCUAAGCUUUUCCACAUUGACCCUGCACCCAGGUGCACCUCUGUAGUCUUGCUGAAGAAAGAGGAGGAGAAGUUAAACGUAUAAGGUGUCAUGGCUGGAGGCCACAUGGACCCCACCUCCGCCGCAGGGGUGAUGUGUAUUUCCUCUUGCUUCACCGCCUUAUAGCCAAGCAGACCAGGAGUGACCUCCUCUCCUACUACACCAGCGGCCUUCACUGGCUCUGGAGACAUGCUGGCCAUUGACGCUCCGACGCCGAUGAGUAAUCAGUUCCAUCAUUGACAUAUAACCUGACAAGUUGUUGGGCAGGAUGGGUUCCGUUGGCGUUGUAGUCCAGACACAAUAAUUCUUUGAAGCAGCGCCGUAGUGGAAUGAUGUAAAAAAAGUGUGAUGUGCCACAAUUUGGAUGAAAUGAUUUCUAGCUGCUAUGAGGAACGAAGCUUAAUCGGUGACUGCACUCUUUUUAACCAAGCUUCAGUCUAAGGUAAAUGAUACCACAUAUUAUGCCUCCUCUUUUUAAUCUUCUAUUUCUCAUGCUGAAGUGUUGCUAUUAAUACUUGUAUGUUAAUUUAGCUUUUUGAAUCUUCCUGUUUGGUUUAGUAAUUAUUUGGGAGAUAAUCACUUUGGGG